GCCAGCAGUCGUCGCCGAGUAUUCGACGCACCGACGCCGCCACUCGGCAAGAGCGACUCACUCUUUGCUUGCCUGCACUCCACCACCACCACACGACAUCAAAAUGGCUUCUCUCUUCGGCGGUUCCAGCAGCGGCGCGACUCCCAGCCAGAAGGAGCAGGCUGAGCAGAUCAAGCUCCAGGUCCAGCAGGAGCUCGCUGCCGCCGGCGCCCAGCAGCUCAUCAACAAGAUCACCGAGAACUGCUUCGCCAAGUGCGUGACCCGCCCCGGCCCCACCCUCGGCUCGUCCGAGGAGCGCUGCCUCUCGCAGUGCAUGGUCCUGUACAUGGCUGCGUUCGACCAGACCUCGCGGUCGUACGUUGCGCGCGUGUCGCGCGAGCGCUCUGGCGCUGCUUCGAGCGGCAUCUCGCUCUAAGCGGAAUGCGCGAGGUUGGAAGGACACAAAAAUCAAAAACAACCCAUCACACCACGCACGCCUGCUGCCCCUGGCUGCCUGGCCAUGUACCACCCCUCUCUCAGACCCAUGCAUUGCAUGAUAAAGU